AUGGAGGUCGCCUGCGAAGUAGCGGUGGAAGAGCGCGAUUUCUCGCCAGCGCCGACCGAGGUCGACUACUAUGGUGCGAUCGAUCCCUUCGACGAGGAAAGCGCGGAGAGCGAGAGCGAGAGCGAAGACGACAGUAGCGCAGAUUACGAAGAUGGCGAAGCCGACAGUGAGGAUGAGUGGAUCCUCAACACCCCACAACCACUCCCGACACCACCAACGGCACCGGUCGACGAGGUCGAAGAGCUGAGAAAGAGGUGGGCCAGGGCGUCCGUGCGGCGACGCUUCCGCUGCGAGCACGAACACUGCGAGAAGGCGUUCAAGACCGGCUCCGACCUCAAGCGCCACAUGCUCAUUCACGCCCAGGUGCGCCAGUUCGGCUGCGAGCACUGCGAGAAGCGGUUCAUGCGUCGGCAAGACCUCAAGCGCCACCUCGUCACGCACCUCGCCGCGCCCGCUCCGCGCUCGGCUUCUUCCGACGACCAGCAGUUGGUCGAGACCUCGAUUGCCGUCGUCGCAUCAGCGUCCGCCCCACCACCUCCUCCGGUCAUCGUCGACGAGGCGACGGGCCAGCGAAGAUUCGUGUGCACCUACCCGGGCUGCGACAAGACCUUCACGCUGAACCAAAACCUCAAGCGCCACCGCAAGGUGAUACACAAGGAUACCACUACCACCACAUCGUCGUCGUCGUCAAGCGAGGAAGAACGACAGGCCGCGACCAUUUCGACCACCACCUCGUCGUCGUCUGGGGUCGUCGUCAUCGACGAGGCCACGGGCCAGCAGCGAUUCGCGUGCACCUACCCGGGCUGCGGUCAGACCUACUCGCACCGGCCCAACUUGACUCGCCACCGCAAGAGCGCGCACAAGGACACCACCGCCUCGGCCACUUCUUCAUCGUCGUCGUCAUCAUCAGGCGAAGAUGAACGCCCUCGACCACCUUCGCCAGCAACAUCGACCGGCGUCAUCGUGCAGGACGAGGCGACGGGCCGGUUCGUGUGCGACUUCGUGGGGUGCGACAAGACCUUCACGCUGCGCAACAACCUCGCGCGCCACCGCAGGACACACCAGGGCGCGAGCUACCAGUGCCCCGAGUGCGACAAGUCGUACACGCAGUCGGGAGACCUCAAGCGCCACUUGAGCAUCCACAGCGGCGAGCGGCCAUUUGCGUGCCACCUGUGCGAGCAGGCCUUCCGCCAGAAGGCUCAUCUCGCUGCUCAUCUCCGAUCGAAGGCGCACGCUUCCUCGCUCUCUCUGUGA